CCGUUGAGCAGCGGCGGCAAAGAACGACAGGCCUAGACAAUGGGGGUAGGGGGCUGAGUGUGUGUAAACCGUAGGACUCAGCAGCUGCAGCAACUCUCCAGGCGUAGUAGAGUUUCUAACGGUCGGCCCCCUUUUCUGACCGAAAGCCUGCUACGAAAAGUUGAUAAAUGACGGGGGACCUAACGAAAAUCGGGUGAAGCAGCUCUUGCUCGCUCUGAAAUACUCUCGCGGAGGAAAAUGAGAGACAUUUAAUUCGUCCGCUUGUUUUCAAAUGAAGCAACCGAGAAAUGUCAGUGGAAAUGCUACAUCCGAAUCCAAUGCCUCCCUAGGUUUGUCGCCAAUCCAAACCCAUACGUUUGUGUGGAUCUGUUGAGGGUCCUUUGCCAGCAUCAGAGCCCAGCGAUGUGGAUCUGCAUGCGUUACAAUGAAACGGACACCGUCGUGGACUUCCAGCUCUGCCACGAUUUGGGCCUCAUCCUGUCGGUCCUCUCCCUCAUCUACCUCCUGGUCUGUUUCCCUUUGGGGGUGUGCUAUAACGUGCUGCUGGUUGUGGUGAACCUCUCCAACAAAGUCUCCAUGACCAUGCCAGACGUCUAUUUUGUGAACAUGGCCAUCGCGGGACUUGUCCUCAACCUGGUGGCGCCCGUGGAACUCCUGGGCUCUACGUUCACUCGCUGGCAUGCAUGGGAGUACAACGACGAGGUCCACAUCACUCUGCUUAUCCUCUUCAACGUCUCAUCCCUGGUCAUCAUGUAUUCCACCACACUGCUUAGCCUUGACUACUACAUAGAGCGGGCGCUCCCUCGAACGUACAUGUCCAGUGUUUACAACACCAAGCACGUGUGCGGGUUCAUUUGGGGCGGCGCGGUGUUGACUAGCUUCUCCUCACUGCUCUUCUAUGUGUGCAACCACAUCUCCACUAAGAUGGUCGAGUGCUCCAAGAUGCAGAACAAAGAGGCAGCCGACACCAUCAUGAUGUUCAUCGGUUACGCCGUUCCAACCGUGGCCGUGUUUUACGCUUUUGUGUUGAUUUUACGCAUCAGGAAGGAGUCCACUCCUCUGGAUCAGGACUCCGCUCGCUUGGAUCCAUCUAUACACCGGCUGCUGCUGGCCUCGGUCUGUGUGCAGUUUGUCCUGUGGACCCCGUACUACAUGACCCUUUUGGUGCACACUAUAGCUGGUGCGCUGGGUUAUAUUAACAACGGGCAUUACUUGCCUACCUAUAACUUCGUGAGGUGCGUGUCUAAGCUGCUGGCAUUCUCCAGCAGCUUUACAAUACCUCUCAUGUACAGACAGAUGAACAAAAACUUCUCUGGCAAGCUUCAGCGGCUGCUCAGGAGGCUGCAUUGCAGGGACCGGUCUUGCCCUCAUGAACACUCAGCAGUGCAGCAAGUGGUGACGUGAAACUAUCCCCACCUCUUGGCCCAGCCAGCACUUAUCUCCCCCCUCCCGUGACUGCUCCACCCAUGCAGAACCAGUGAGCGACUGAGCUUCCUCAAGAAUCUGGACUAUAUGUGGAGUGUCAUUGCUAACUGUGGAAUUUCCUGUCCCUUCCUAUAACUUGAUCUGAUCCAUCUUUCUCUGCAGCAACAGGACAAAUCAAGGAAGUAAAAAAACAUUAAGUGCUGCUUUUUUGUCAAAGACUUGUGGUAGUUAAAGGUGUUAAAGUUUAUACAAUCAUUGAUCAGUGAAGUUAGAGUUUAACAUCAAGUUAUAAUUGUGAAGCUAUCUUCAAGCAGCAUAUCAUAGUGGAGAUAGGUUUGUUUCUAUGUAUCAGUUUGGAUAAUUGGCUAUUUCAAGACGGCCCAAAUUCAUAUGAAUCAUAUAUAUAUAUAUAUAUAUAUAUAUAUAUAUAUAUAUAUAAAUAAUUUUUUGUAGCAUUAAAGCUUUCUUCUUUUCUAACCCUGAAGCUUAACUAAUAAGCUACAAACACAGAAAUGGAAUAAUAGAAAUGCACCGAUCAGGCUUUUCCUGGCCGAUAUGAUUUACGGUUUUAUUUGAGGUCUGAUUUAGUGAUUCCAAUUUAUUUCUUCCCAGAAAUAUAACAUGUUCUGCAGGUUCUUUGGUAGAGGUUCUAGGUUACAGUAUACAUCAAAACAAAUGGCACUGACUUACAUGCGAGUUUCAUUAAACUCAAAAAAAAAAGUGCAUCAAAAAUCAAAACAUUCUAUCCUGCAUUGAAAAUAUUUGAGUUCAUAAUCUUGAUGUAUUUAAUGUAUUAGAAAAAAAAUCUGAUUCUUCAGUUCUUGAUCUGCCAAUGAAAAUAAUAGUUUGAUUUGGGGGCGACUGAUUAAUGCAUCUCUAUUAAAUCAUGUAUCUUAGUGCUUCAUACAAACGUAACUUUGGCAGUCAAUAUAGCUGCCCUCUAAACUAAAAUCCAUCUGAAUUAGAGGGAGGCUUAUUUUGUUUGGGAAUCCUGCACAGUAACACUAAACUGAACCAAUCACAAUAUUAACUUAUCUGUACAUUUCUUUUAAGGGAAAGAACCAUAUUCUCUUCUAGAGUUUAUCGAAUCUGUUUACCAGCAGCAGAUCAUCCCUGCAGCUAUGAGUGCUGGCAAGAAGAUACAGUAUGUUCUCUUUGACUUUAAUUCACAGGCAGAGAUUAUUCUCACAUGUGCCUAGCUCCUCAGCUACUGUAGAUUUAUUCACUUUCACCACAUUAGAAUCGCACUUGACAAAUAGAAGUGAAGCUUGUAUUCAGGGCUCAACAUAACCAGCAUACCUCUUACUUCUCUGCUGAAACAUUAUUACCUGUUAGACAUAAGCAGCUCGAAUGAGCCCAUUAACCUGAGCUGGACAGCCCUGUCCCUGACCUUUCGUUUGAGUUGUUUCUCACCUCCGCAGGUAUGCAGAGUUUCACACAGGGUCUGUGACGUCCAUGCAGAGUCUUGUAAGCAAACACAAGCAGUUUGGAGGUUUUGGCCAGUGGAAACAUUCGCACUCUCUGGAUCACAGGAGAAAGAAAAUCUAGAAAUCAUGAAAAAAAACGUGCAUAUCGGACACUUGUUUGUUAUGCGAGUUUGACACAUGAACCAUAAUGCUGCUCAGAUGCAUUUAAGCUACUUUGCUUUUUUGUCUGCCAGUUAUUUAAAAGAGUAUAUAUUAUUGAGCUCUUUCUAUCAAAUGCUAAAUAAAAAGGUUACAAUUGUA